GAAUUCUUCAUCAGGAAACUGGGUACAGUUUGUCAAGAUUAUAUUUCCUUCAGAAGACUCCACCCUGAGAAUUCCGGAAGAGUUUGUGAGCAAAUAUGGAAAGAAAAUGCCAAAGGUGGGAUCUUUUGAGGUUCCAACUGGGGAAGUUUGGGAAAUCGAGUUGGUUCAUUCCCAAGGUCAAGUUUGUCUAGCCAAGGGAUGGAAAGAGUUCACUCGGAAAUACUCAAUAAGAGAUGGCCACUUUCUGGUAUUCAGAUAUGACGGAGAAUCCCAUUUUCAUGUCAUCAUAUUCGACAAGAGUGCUACUGAAAUAGAAUACCCACAAUUCAAAACUCAUGAUGAUGAUGAUGGUGACGAUGCCAGAUUCAAAGCCACCUGCAAUUCCGAGUCUGAAUGUGAUAAUGAUGAGAUCUUCCAGGAAAAAAUGGAAACAGAAUGCAGCCCAAACAAGAGAAAGAGGAAAGAAGGGUUUGGAUCCGAAGUUGGUGACGUCAACGGAUUGAGUUACAGAGUGAAUCUGGAAGAGUCACUCCACCAUGUACAUGAGAGCUCACCUUCUCUGGAUCCUGAAAACAAGAGCUUUCCAUUUCCCUAUCAUGUUGGAGCAUACAAGAAGUAUAAAUGGAGAUCGGUUAGGAAGGUAACCAAUGCCAUUGAAAGAGCAAAAUCUUUUCGGUCAAAGAAUCCAUUUUACAUUUCCGUCAUGUACCGAUCUUAUAUUUCCUCCCCAUAUGCAUUGAGCAUUCCCUUGCAAUUUGUUAAGAACCUCUUUACUUCAAAGCACAAUGAUUUGCAUACUGAUGUAUUGCUAAUUUCGAGUGGGAGAUCAUGGUCUGCCAAAUGCACCAUAGGUAGAUCAGCUUGUGUCAAGAUCAAAGGAUGGAGGGACUUCGUGUUAGACAACGAGCUGAAACUGGGUGAUGUUUGCAUCUUAGAGGGUUUGAAAGGUGGAAGUCCAUUGAGCUUCAACGUCAUAAUAUUUCGGGCAGAUUGACGAUGCACAGUCCGAUAACUAAAGAAAAUAUUGGCCUGACUCUUCAGUCUUCAGCAAACCGGGCAUAUAAUCUUCUCUUUUCUAGCUGUUGGCAGAAAUUUUUUUCCAUAUGGGGAGUACGUUCUUCGGAGUUUUAUUCCACUUUUAGUCCUAAGAGUUUUAUGCCAAUUUCACAUGUAGUCCAUGUCUUUCACUUUAUCCACGUUUGGUAUUUGACUAAUGUUUUUUUUUAAUAUUUUGGUCCUUCCGUUCAAUGUUCUUACACUUCUUUAGCGAUUUUAACCACCGAAAAUAUCAAUGGAAGGACAAUGUACCAAAAGUGUUUCAAGUCAAACACAUGGACUAAUUGUGGAAUUGGUGUAAUAUUUGUAGGAUCAAAAGUGAAAUUUAUUCUUUUUUGACCACCCCUAAGUAUAGUCAUGGACUCGGGCCGUGUCGGGUCCGGUCAGGCCGCCGGUUUGUAUGACAUGGGCCCGGGACCGGCCCGAGGGUUGGACGGGUCCGGUUCGGGCCGGGCCACCCGCACGGGUCACGGGUCGAGCCACCCGCCGGGUCGGAUCGGGCCGGUUAAAGAUUUUUUUAUAUAUAAUUUAUAUUUUAUAGUUUUUAGUUUUAUACAAGUAUUAAAAACAAACUUCAAGUGCAUUUAUUUGAAAUGAAAUAGGAACUACAUUUGAAAAUUAAAACAAACUUCAAGAGACAAACAUUUUGUAAAUUGUAAUCAAUCAGAACUUCCCGCACCUCUCG